ACCCGGCAGAUGCUUGGCAGGCAUGCUAAGUGAUGGCGCCUGGCCAAAAAGCAGGCGUCUUAGUUGUUUUCAUACACCUUUCAUUCAUAUUAUGCACAUAUGUACAUACUUAUUAUUACACGGUCUUGUUGGAAGUCGCGUCGAUUCAAAUAGUAACGAACAGAGCUGCCAAGUUGUUUUUUACACACAUGCUCACUGGUUAAGCGUGCGUCAGCUGCCAUGCACAUACACAACCGUUGCCGCUAUUUGGCGCUCUUCCUGUUCUCUUCCCUCUCGCUCUCUCUCCUCUUUUUUCCAGAGCCAGAGCGCUCGCUCCGAUCAGAGUCAAAACAAGACGAUUCAGUCGUUUUACUGCUGCGCGCGCAGACGGUUACUCGCACGCAGAACGUACAGUGUCUUUCGACGUAGGUGUGUCAGCUUAGUGCGCUUGUGUAAGUCCCAUCCAAAAAGUCGCCCAUCCAUCAGAAAGAUGUCAUAUAGCGCGGAGCGUGCGCUUUCCUAUUUCUAUCCCUUUAUCAUUCUGACUUCGCUGAUCUGCUGCAUCACCUCGGCAGUAGCCUGGACACAUUGGCGCUAUGUGCUGAACGCCUGCCCAGACACCAACUGCGGCUGUGUGUUGCACGGCCGCACCACCUACAACAGCUUCGAGGGCGGCAACAUAGCGUAUUGCCACUAUGCCACCUAUGGACUUAUUCUACCGCUGAUCUUUGCCGUGGUGCUGGGCGUGUAUCAUGGCUAUCGCAUGUGCAUUGGCAAGGGUAAACGGAAGGCUGGCACCACAACCAUUCGACAGCGCUCUGGUGACAUGGUCGUGGUGACCACCGAGUCCGAACUGACGCCCGAUAGCCUCUCGCCCUACUACUGGCUACCUGCCACGGUUAUAUCGGUCAUUAUGGCCGUUUACCAGCUGAUCUAUGCUGCCAUAUUUACCGAUGGCUUUGAGGUCACCUGCAAACAGUAUCGCGAGUCCUUGCUCAAGGAAAUUCAAGGCGUUGGCAAUAUUGUGCCCGUGAUCAAGGCGCGUCUGUCCUGUGCAGCGGUUUUUGAUUUUAUGGACUAUCUGGUGGAGAGCAUUUCAUAUGAGCGUCGUCGUUACGGACGCAUCAAUACCGCUGCUUGCUUGUACUUUACCCUCGUCCUCGCCUGGUUUGCGCUUUUCGCCUGGAUUGCCAUAUGCGUUAUCAAUAUUGUUAACUUACGCCGUACCCGUGCCGCUCGAGUCUAAAAUGCGAACAAAAUGAAAACGAAACAAAUGUAUUCCACUGCACAUUCACCUUAUCAUUAAUCAUAGAGAGCACAUUACACGCCACUUAUUUAUAAGUUCUUAAAUAAUAACGUCCACGGCAUAGUUUGCCGCUAUUUACAAGUUGUACAAAUAAAUGUAUGAACAAUU